CACACGCAACGCGCGGCUACCAUGUCGGAGGGUGCAAGCGCGGGACCUGCCGACGCCUCACAUGCCGCACAGGUCUCACAGGCUAGUGCUGGCGGUUCUUCCUCUGCGGAUCAGGGAGCUGCCGCUGCGGAGCCGAAGGCAACCGGCGAGGCUAUCGAUGAGAUGCUAGCCGCCAACGACCCCGUCAAAAACAGCAACGGCAAACGCGCGUACCCGGAGCCCAACUUCCCGAUCGAGCGGUCAGGAGCAGUGGGAGGGAAAGGGAGCGACCCCAUCCGGUUCAAACUGAACGCGGCGCCUACACACGGGAGAUCUGCCCGUGCGACGGUGCCUCGGAAGCGUAUCAUCGAGUGGCUGAAGCAGGAGGAGCAGCUCAGGGAGAAGGUCAGCGCCAACCCCAAGCUUUCGAAGGCCAAGCAGGUUCACAGCGGAGGGAAAGCUUCGACAGUCGACGCCGAACAAGCCCUUGUGGACUACAUCAACGAGCAGCGCAAGCAGCACCGCGGCUGUGGUAAUCGGGAGGUGAUGAACAAGCUGCUCGAGCUGAAGCCUGACGCCCUUGGCGGGAUGCCGGCGAACGCGAAACCGGAGGAGGCGCUGGCUUUCAAGGUCAAAUUCAACUCCUGGUACCAACGGUUCCGCAAGCGGCAUGGGUCCAGCAUCCGCCAGCGUACCAGCGUGGGCCAGAAACUGCCGAAGGGGUACGAGGGUAUGGCGUGGGCGACGGUGAUGAAGCUGCGCGAGGCUCUCGUUAAGCGCGCCGGUGAGAUCUACGCUCGGCGCCACCCGCCGGCACCUGACGAGAGCCCCACCAAAGGGGAGGAUCUGACUUCCGAGCAGCUGGCGUCUGUGGAGGCGGAGGUUUUCGAGGAACUCGGCAACAUGGACCAGACGCCAGUCCAGCACGAGAUGCCGGUGGAGACCACUCUGGACAAGACCGGUGCGAAGGAUACUCGCAUCAGCACAGGAGGGACGAGGGUUUCAUCGCCGCCCUCAAGAGAGACGCCAACACCAUCGUCAUCUUCAUCCCAGGCGGGUUUGACGUUCUUGCUCCAACCGCUCGACCGCAUGCUCAACAAGCAGAUGAAGCGGCUGCUGCGGGGCAAGUACACCGCCUACAGCGCGUCGGCGGUCGCAGACGCCCGGUCGGGGAAGCUGAAGCCACCGGAGCGUGAGGUCGUCUCUACGUGGUGCAAGGAAGCGUGGGAGUCCAUCACCCCCGAGACGGUGAAGACUUGCUUCAAGAUCUGCGGUCUCACGCUCGCGCUCGACGGCAGCGAAGACCACGCCUGGUGCGAGCACAACUUCGGGGAAGACUACCGCGACCUUCUCGAGGAGCAGCACGCCGUGUGGCUCGCUGAGCACCCCGACGUGACUCUCCCGCCGCUCAAGCUGCCGACGGUACUAGGGGGUUCGACUCCAACUCCAUCACGGCUGCUCAGAAGGAGGUCGAGGGGAAGCUGCUGCCCUACGUCGCUGAUGAGAGCGACAGCGACGUGGAAGUCGUGGAGGGGCAGGGGGGCGGGGGCACCGAAGGAGAAGUAG